CUGCUUUACUUCUGUUCAGCAAAAAUAACAAACCCCUUUGUUUGUGUAGAAUUGGAAUCUCUGCAACAUCUGAAUGGUUUCAAAUAUUACAAAACUAUACUAGAAACAUCUGUGUUUGUAGGCAAACAUCGAUUUUACCACAUUAAUUGGAAUUAUAAAUCCAACAUGUCUAGAAGUACAUCAACCAAUUUUACUAUAACUACCACUAUUGAAAAGUUAAUUUUGCAGAUAAUUAGCUCAAUAAUUCAUGACAGAGGUGCCGAAAUCAAAAUUUUGCCUCCGUCCCAUCCUUCUAAUAGCUUUUUUGAUCAAAAAUUGCAAGUCAUCAAAGCCAGCUGUCCAUCUCAAAAAUACUAUCAAAUUAUUUCGCUCGCUCAAAUAAAAGAAUUUGCUAAAUACGUACGAGUUCUUGAAUUCAUAUACAGUAAUUUGUGUACAAACGUAAUAAGAAAAAAGCGUGACAUCUACUACUCUGAUGCUAAACUAUUUCAAAGUCAACGUUGUACCGAUCGAAUUAUCAAUGCAUUCGCGUCUACUUUCUCAAUUCCCACAUUUAGAAUGAACAUUAUUUCCUCGGAAAAGGGGUUAAUAAUGGGGCCAUUGCUUAUUAAAACGCCGUGCUUUUCUGAUGAUAAAAGAGAAACCGUUGUUCUUGAUUGUCGGAGCCAGCCGCAACUCGUACCCUCUCCAUCGGACGAUCUUUCAUUUUCCAUAGACACCUCGUGCAUUCCAUGCGAAUCAAAAACCUUCGUGCUAGUCCUAGAAAAAGAAACUCUAUUUAAUUUGGCGGUCCAAGAGAAUUUGACUCAAAAAUAUAAUUGCAUUCUCAUUACCGGUAAAGGCUAUCCAGAUGAAGGGACGAGAUAUCUGGUUAAUUUGCUCACCGAUCAUUUUCCGUUAUACAUUCUAACAGAUGCUGAUCCACAUGGGAUAAAUAUCUUCCUGACAUACAGUCACGGUAGUAGAAACUAUUCUUACCGAGACUGUUUGUCUGCAUCCUCUGCAAAAUGGAUUGGCGUAGAGCUAGGCGAAGUCUCAGAAACGAACCGCAUAAAUCUGAAUUCGAGUGAUUUGAAACUCCUCAGUCGUCUUCAAAGCAAUCCGGUUGUACUUAUGCAACCUAUUUUACAAAAAUGCGUUCAAUUGAUGGCUUCUAGAAAUCAGAAAGCUGAAGCGGAGAGUUUUUUCUCCAGCCAAAAAUUUGGAUUUUUUUCUAAACACUACCUCUUUUCUAAACUGUGCAGUCUGUCUAAUUCAGGGGCGCCCUGAAUUAAAUAAAAUUCGGAAAGCUGAAUUUUACAAAA